AUGGCGGCGGCGGCGAGCGGGGCGGCGGAGAGCAUCGUGGUGGUGCACAACGUGGCAAAGAGGCACAACGUGGGGACGCUGGCGAGGAGCGCGACGGCGUUCGGCGUGGCGGAGGUGGUGGUGGUCGGCCGCCGCGACGUCAGCGCCUUCGGCAGCCACGGCUCCACCUCCCACCUCCGCUUCCGCCACUUCACCACCCUCGCCACAGCUUGCGCCUACCUCAAGGAUGAGAGGGGGUGUGACAUCUGCGGCGUGGAGAUCACCGACGACGCGCUGCCGGUGACGGCCCACCCGUUCCGCAGGAGCACCGCGUUCCUCUUUGGCAAUGAGGGUACAGGACUCUCACAGAAGGAGUGUGAGGUCUGUGACUUCUUCGUCUAUAUCCCUCAGUACGGUGGCGGAACUGCAUCACUGAAUGUUACAGUUGCAGCAUCGAUUGUUCUCCACCACUUUGGUGUCUGGGCUGGCUUUCCUGAACGAGGCCGAGAAGGCAACAAAUUCGUCGUAGCUGACAAACCACAGGGGCAGUCGAGGGGGCUCUACUGCUCAGACUCAAUUGAAGACGUGAUUGAAGAGCGCAAGAUUCGAAGAGAAAAUGCCUGUGAUAUAUUCGAGGAGAAUGGAAGUAGCCACACACAAGAAUCAAAUGGUCUAGACACGAUGUUUACUGACUAGAGUACCCUAUUUGACCUCCGUCUCUAGAUAAGCCCCAGGAUGAUGACGGGCUGAUAAGGUAAAGUCACAACAACACAAUUUCUCACCUCUAGGGCCUGGAUACUUUUUCUUCAGUGGCAAGGAGCAGAUAGCAAUCAAUGCCUUCAUUGUUGAUUUGUGAAGUCAGGGAUGAUGAUUACAAGAAUUGUUCCUUAAAACUAGCUUUAAAAGUAUAGCUCAAUGUUUUGCUAUGAAAUUGUGUGUAACAUGGCACCAGUUUUCUGUUCUGAACAUGUGUUGCUUGGAUCCAAAUUACUUAUUUUUUUUGUACUCGGAGGAGUCUGGUUCUCUUAGCA